GCCUGGCUUCACAACCUAAACCACUGAGAUAUCCAGCAGUAAUACCCAAGACCACUCUGUUGACUAUCAAGUACAGUAUAUCACCACAGGUGAAGACGAAGCAUGUUGUUUUCUGAGAGCCCUAAGAUGUAGAGACUGACAUUUUAAAACUCAAGCCAGAAGAGGAGGAGAUCUUAAAAUAACAUCACCAAGACUUACCAUGGAUUACAUGGUGGAAAAUAAAAGGAAGCAACAGCAUAGUUUAACUUUACUAAAUCAAGUAAAACGUAUGAAAGAAUUAGCAGAAAUGACUGAUGUGGUUUUAGUGGCUGAAGAUGAAAAGUUCCCUUGCCACAAGCUGAUGCUGGCUGCUUUCAGCCCCUACUUCAAAGCAAUGUUUACCUGUGGCUUGAGCGAGUGUACUCAGAAGGAAGUGGUGCUACAGGACAUGUCUGCAGAAAGUGUCUCCAUAAUUCUGCACUUUAUGUACACUGCUGAGCUACACUUGACCAACUGCAGUGUGCAGAGUGUAGCCAUUGCUGCUUUUUUCAUGCAAAUGGACGAGGUGUUUCAGAUCUGUCAGGCAUACAUGAUGGACCAUAUGGAUGCUUCCAACUGUGUGGGGAUUUAUUACUUUGCAAAGCAUAUUGGAGCUGAAGAGUUGUCUGAUCAAGCUAGGAAGUACUUGUAUCAGCACUUUGCGGAGGUGAGCCUGCAUGAAGAAAUAUUAGAGAUUGAAGCACAGCAAUUGCUCAUUCUGAUCAGAUCAGAUGAUCUGAAUGUGUCCAGAGAAGACAGCAUCUUGGACUUAGUCCUCCGGUGGGUUAAUCAUAGCAGGAAACUGCGUGCCGACUACCUCCUUGAGCUCCUGAAGCAAGUAAGGCUGGCACUUGUGAGCCCUUCAUUCCUCGUGGAAGCUCGGAAGAGGAACACGAUGCUUUUGAGCAAUUCCGAAUGCAGUGACAUGAUUGAGGGAGCAUUAGAAAUGAUCAAGAAGUCCAAUAAACCUUCUCACAGCCUCCGCUAUGGCAUGGAGACCACUGCUCUUCUGCUUUGCAUUGGCAACAACUCACAGGGCAUCAGAUCAAGGCAUGGCAACUAUGUGGAUGCCAGCUUCUGUUAUGCUCCUGCCACACGCAAGACAUACUUCAUUUCCUCUCCAAAAUAUGGAGAAGGCCUGGGAUGUGUCUGUGCUGGUGUGGUUAAUGAGAACAACGACAUCAUCGUGGCAGGGGAGGCAAGUGCUUUCAAAAUGUCAAGACAAAAGACCAGGAACAUUGAAAUUUACAGGUACAACAGUCAGGGAAAUCGGUUUUGGCAAAGUCUAUGCGCUGGGCAGUUUCGUGAGCUCUACGCUUUAGGCACUCUCCAUAAUGACCUGUAUAUCAUAGGAGGUCAAAUGAGACUGAAAAACCAAUACCAUAUCACAAACAUUGUGGAGAAGUAUUCCAUGGAAGAAGGAAACUGGAGAACGUUGGCUCCUCUCCCUGUGCCCUUGGCCUGCCAUGCGGUGGUAACCGUGAAAAACAGGCUGUACGUCAUGGGAGGUUGGACACCCCAGAUGGAUCUUCCUGACGAUGAGCCCGAUCGAUUAAGCAACAGAAUGUUGCAGUAUGACCCAGGCUGUGACAAAUGGACGGAGUGCACCCCAAUGAAGUACUCGAAAUACCGCUUCAGCACAGCGGCAGUCAACAAUGAGAUUUAUGUCCUGGGUGGGAUUGGCUGCCUGGGCCCAGACAGAGGACAAGCACGACAAUGCCUUGAUGCAGUGGAGAUCUAUAACCCUGAGAGGAAUUUUUGGAGAGAUGGACCUCCUAUGCCUUCUCCUCUUCUCUCUUUGAGAACAAACGCCACCUGUGCUGGUGCUGUGGAAGGGAAACUCUAUAUAUGUGGGGGAUUUCGUACAGCAGCUCGGCACGACGUUAUCACCAAAGAGAUCCUAGAGCUGGACACCUGGGAGAAUCAGUGGAACGUUGUUGCUGUCAACGUCCUCAUGCAUGACAGUUAUGACGUCUGCCUUGUAGCUCAACUGAAUCCACGAGAUCUCAUCCCUCCACCGGCUGAUCUGGUGGAUCAAUAGGUCAGCAGAUUUUCCCAGCAGUUUUAGGUGAUGUACUUGGAACAAAAAGUCCCAAGAUAUGACUUGUCAGCAGUAGCUUUUAAAUCCCUAGGAGAUGAAUUCACAACUUGGCCUCACUACAAGGAAUCCCUACCAAUUCUGUGCAUCUUUAUAUAAUGAGCACAUCAUGCUUUGUUGAUUGGUUAUGGUCAAUUUUCUCCGCCCUUUGAGUCCUUAAAUUGGUUUAUCCUGAGUGCCAAACUGUGAGGCUUUUUUCUUUUUUAGGUAUAUGAGCCUGAACAUAGCUAGCAACAACUGGCAAGAGAACUGUCAGUUAGAGCAUCAAAAGCAAAUUGGAGCCAUAAUGAGUGCUUAAAAAAUUAGGAAGCAUCACUAUGUUUCCACUUCUUACUCUGCACAGAUAUGAAUAUUGUAAAACCAUUGUUUUCUUUAGCAGAGGUCUAAAAUGAAGCCAAAAUAUGGCCUUAAUUUAAUCCACUGGUAGAAUUAGCUCGGCAUGUCAGAUCCCAUUGUUCUUGAGAACAGUUACUAGAUAACAUUCUUUUUUUACAUCUAGCUCAGAUGUGGAAUCACAGCAGGUAAAAGCUACCACAUAUUCUUUCAGCUUGAAAUGAACUAUCUUCGUCUAAUCUCCAUUUAUGGUCCUUGCUUUUGGUGCUUUCCCUUUAACAAUUAAGGGUGUUCCUUGCCUUAAUCCCUAGAAGAUGAUUCAUUGGCUAAACAGAGCAAUAAGGUAGUCCAUACCAUCAAACCGUUGCUCUUCCGGGCCCAGGGCCAAAUGAGACAAUGAUAUUAACGUCAUAAGGAGCAGCGCUCUCAUAAAAAGUAAAAGAAGAUCUGUUUGUUCUAACAUGAGCUUGACUCAAUUUGCACAUUGCCUUGCUUCUGUUUAUCAGAAGAUAACCAUGGCUUUCUUUGAGUGUAUAAUUUCUCAAACAUUUAUUUUGCAAAAUGCUGUAAGAGGGGGGAAAUAUGCAUUUACCUUAACAAUUGUGAUAUGAUUCUGAGUGUUAUUCUAUCUCAAAUAGGAGUAUGCAUCCAAAGCAUAUACUGGCAGUCUCUAGGCUAUGGCUCUUCUAACACACAGGCAUUUCAUUACUGUAUUGGUAAUUUCUUCAGAAUGAGCUGUUAGUCUUCCUCUCAGGCCCUUAUGCCCAGUUGCCCACUGGCUGUUUCUUACUUUGCCUCCAAAUGAAUCUAAACCCACGGUCAUGAUCAUUCAACCUGCAGUGCAGUGGUUAAACUGCAGUGCUGCAGUCAAGCCUCUGCUCACAAGCUGAGUUCGAUCUUGACAUAUUAAGAUUGUUGGCUCAAGGUUGAAUCAGCCUUCUAUCCUUCUGAGGUUUGUAAAAUGAGUACCCAUCUCCCUUGGGGGCGA